AUGUCAGGCUUCGGCGACUUCACCAACAUCUGCCAUAUGGCGCCGCUGCCAUUGUGCGCAUCCAUCGGCCCCAUUACGGAGGUGACGAGCGGCGUUGGUAUUGAGCCGGACUGCUAUGCGAGGAAUAUCGAGCUGGCAAACACCAUCAUUUUCGAGGGUGCCGCCAGCGCCAUGCAUAUUGUGUCUUUGCUCAUGACCGUCGUCAUGAUCUUGCACAUUCGCGGCAAGUUCACUGCUGUCGGUCGCAAGGAAAUCCUCAUGUUCUUCUACAUCUACAUGCUUCUGAGUUUCAUCUCACUUUGCGUCGACGCAGGUGUCGUACCCCCUGGAUCCGCCCCCUACCCGUACUUCGUAUCAGUUCAAAACGGCUUGUCAUCGGCUCUGAUUACUUGCCUGUUGAUCAACGGAUUUGUCGGCUUCCAGUUGUACGAGGACGGCACUUUCCUCUCAGUCUGGCUCUUGCGCGUCUGCUCUCUGGUGGCCUUUGCGAUAUGCUUCCUCGUCUCCCUUGCGACCUUCAAGUCAUGGGCUGGCCUGGGUCCCACCAACACCGUCGGCCUGUUCGUCGUCCUGUACUUGCUCAACGCCAUCGAGCUCUUCGUCUACGUUGCCCUGCAAAUCCUCCUCGUCGUUAGGACUCUCCAGGACCGCUGGCCGCUGGGUGACAUCGCCUUUGGCAUAUUCUUCUUCGUCGUUGGCCAAGUGAUCCUGUACGCCGUGAGCACUCAGAUUUGCACCGCCGUCAGCCACUACCUCGACGGCCUUUUCUUCGCCACUAUCUGCAACCUGCUGGGUGUCAUGAUGGUGUACAAGUACUGGGACUCAAUUACCCGCGAGGAUCUCGAGUUCUCAGUUGGAACUAGGAUGAACAACUGGGAAGUCAAGGAGCUGCUGCCAGAGGAGGAUCGUCGAGCGACUGUUUAUGACAACGACCCCUACAACCACGCUGGUGGAUACGAUCACUCCUACUCGCCCUCUCCAGCACCGGCACGCUACUCCGCAAGGUACUAA